ACGUCACUCAGUGCAUGUCUGGCGCAGGCGCGGUGAGGGUCUCGGCGGCCAGGCUGUGUCACGUCUCCCCGGAAUUGUCAUAAACCCUGGGCCUUCCCCUGUGUGAUUGCCUCCCACCAUGGCGAAAGCGGAGCAGGUGUUAAUCUUGGAACCGUCCCAGGAACUUAAAUUCAGAGGUCCUUUCACGGAUGUAGUCACGUCUCAGCUAAAACUAACCAACCCCACAGAUAAGAGAGUAUGUUUUAAGGUCAAAACGACAGCCCCCCGGCGGUACUGCGUGCGACCGAACUCAGGGGUGGUGGAUCCCAAUGGGUCUGUUAGUGUGGCGGUGAUGCUGCAGCCAUUUGACUACGACCCACACGAAAAGAACAAGCAUAAGUUCAUGGUGCAGAGCCUGUUUGCUGCCGGGGAUGGAGACAUUAGCCUGGACACGCUGUUUAAGGAAGCCGACAUGAACCAGUUGAUGGACUCCAAGUUGCGGUGUGUGUUUGAGUUGCCACCGGAUACAACAACCCCAGCGGUGCAGAACAACCUUGACGCCUCCCCAGCACUCCAGCCCCACGUUGAGACCAAGCCAUCACCCAAGGCAGGUGUCCCAUACUCAGGCAGCGCCAGGAAUGUGUCAACCAACAGCGAAGCAGAAAUCAAGAAGGCUGGUGAUGAGAUCAAGCGGCUCCGAGAGGAAAUUAGCUCACUUCGUCAAGAAAAUCUUCAAUUAAAGGAGGACUCACUGAGGCAACGCCCCACUGCAAACCCUGGAGAGAAGAACCCAAUCAUCAUCCCUCACCACGACACCCAGCAGGCGAACCCCAUGAUGCAUCUGGUGGCUGCCUUCCUCAUUGCUCUCGUCGGUUUCAUCUUUGGCAAGUUCAUCCUCUGAGAACCUUCUGCAGCCGUUGCCCGAGGUCGCUAGGUAGUAAUUGGCCGUUUUCUACCGCACGCCAACAUGCCGGUCAGUCUCCAUCAUCAGGGGCCGUCGCUAGAGGUGGCCCCUUUACCAGCUGGAUGUAAUGGCUGCUGUCGUCUGUAGCUGUUUGCCUUUGUUCCAUGAUGACAUUAUUCUUCAUUAUAUUCAAAAUUGUUAAAUAGAUUUGGGCAUGUUGAGAAGUUAUUAAAAAGUGUAAUAAAUUUGUCAAGACUGAGAUGUGCUCUCUCAGUGCAGGUGUAGCAGAAGUCACACAGGCUUCUGUAAGCAGGAAUUCACUAUUCCCAAUGACAAGCCAUAUAGAAUGCUUACAGUUGUUUGAUAUAGGAGUUAAUAUUAAAAUACAGUUAUACAGUUUUUAAUGGUCAAUUAUUUUGUAUGAAAAAUGUGCAGAAAAUGUUACUUUUAAUUUUUCCAGUUAUUAGCAUUUAAAGAUGCAUCACUUUGCCUGUGAUUAGUUAUGACUCACUUUGUGAAAUAUUUCAUGUGCUCUUUUCAUAUAUCUAGCAAUAGCUGACGCAUCAGUGACUUCAAUUAUUAUCUUGGGACUCUCCCUUUGCCCAAGCAUUAUGUGACAGCUGCAAUGCAAGAUGGUUCAUAGAUAUCUAUUUAUAUCAAAUUUAUUUAUUGGACACCAUCUGCAAAUACUGUUGAAUGAUAGGAUAAAAAGAAUUUAGAGGAGCUUUUUUAUUCAUUGAUUUCUUAAAGGACCCAAUAUAUUUCAUGUCAAGAAAUGGCUGUUGUAGCUACAUAGUGAUAGUAAUAUUUUUAUUUAUUUUUUUCCAUUUUUCUAUGAUUUAUCCUGUUAUUGAAGUGCUACAUUAAAUAUCAUGAAGAUCCCUUCCUAUUAUGUGCAUGAGUUUGCUUGACAAGGGUAAUGAUAGUCUCCCUCUUCCAUCGGUCACCCAUACAGGCUUGGAAGAUGCCGGGACUGUGAUAUGGAAACAGUUGUAAGGAGUUGUUGUUCAUCAAUACAGAGGUUGAGGCACAUAUGAGUUUCUACAGGGUUUACUAGCAGGCAGGUUAGGCAUCAGUCACGUGAAUGUAGGUAGUAGAGAAAUUUGAAGUAUAGCCUCCAAAGACACUAGAGUGAAAGAUCUACGUAACAUAUUUGGUCCACGAGCAAGGACGGUCGGGACUUGCCUCUGGAGAACUUGUCAUUAUAAGUAGCCACUACUACUACUACUACUACGUAUACAUUACUGCAGUACUCGUGGAACAUGCAGCCCUUUAUAAGGUGUGACCCAGCAUGGUCUUAAAGUGAAAUAUAUCCUAGACUUGUUGAUUUUGUCCCUGUAUUGGUUUUGCGAUGAUAGUUUUUACUUCCCUACCCUUAUUUAUGUUCUGAGGAAAUAGGAAAAACCCUACAAUGGCAUAACUUGUGUUGAGUGCACUGAUCAGGUGCCUCGAUGGUUUUCUAGAUCAACUAGUGGCACUGUAAAGGUUAAUAUCAUUGUAUGGUUUGUCUUUUGUUUUGAUUUGUGUACAUUAUUGUAGAAUGGAAGAGCUGUUUGUACAAAAGGAACAUUAUUCCUUGUAUAUAAGUUAGUGUGGUAUGUUCUUGUCUUCAGUCAGUCAUAUUUCACAUUUCUGUCUUUUUUGUGAUCCCCCACCCAUGGUUUAUGUACAUUUAAUCUAAACAUUCAUUGUCAUUACUUGUGAACUGUUGACAUGUUUGUGAACUUUCACCGAGAAAUUGUAAAGCAUUGGUAGACGUCACCCACCAAACAGUACCUAUCAGCGGUGAGAGUUUCUUACAUGUGCAAACACUUCCCAGUAAACAAUUGCUUGUAAACACUUCCUUGUGCACAGGACAAACAUGGCUAAGAUCAAGGGUCUGACAGACUUACCUCAAUUGGCACAGUCUGUUACAACAUGUACCAUUGUCUCCUAACUAGGGGCAGUGUAGUGGAGUGUAACCAGUGUAUUUUGUACACUAGUUUGUAAUGCCAAAUCGGUCAGUCCCGGAGAAAUUUGUACCGUGUGUACAGUGUGCAGCGUGUCAUGAUAAAUGUCACACCUUAAUGUA